AUGACUGAUGUAUUGACUCACACUAUAAAUUGGAAAGAAUUUGCAUGUGGUUGGGGAGCAGCUUUUAUAAAUGUUACAAUUACAUAUCCAAUCAAUAAAUUAAUUUUUCGACAGAUGCUCCAUGGCGUAAAUUUGCAACCGGCUUUCUUGCAACUCAAAAAUGAAGGUCUUCUUUACUUAUAUAGAGGUAUGCUGCCGCCUAUGUGCCAAAAAACUCUAUCAUUGUCAAUAAUGUUUGGGAUUUAUGAAGAAGUAAAAAGAACUUUACAUGACAAUGGCUGUAAUCUAUACACAGCAAAAGCCAUAGGAGCACUAGUUUCAGGCACAACAGAGGCAAUUUUAAUGCCAUUCGAGAGAGUACAAACCAUUUUAGCAGAUACUAAAUACCAUGAGAAUUAUAGAAACACUUUCCAUGUAUUUAAAGAAUUACGACAAUAUGGAGUCAGGGAAUAUUACAGGGGUUUGGUGCCUAUUUUAUUUAGAAACGGACCAUCGAAUGUAGGAUUUUUUAUAAUUAGAGAGGAAAUACAAGAAAAGAUGCCAAAAUAUGAAACCGAGAUAUUGAGGACGUCUGUUGAGUUUUUUUGUGGGGCCAUGAUUGGUGUAGUGCUUUCCAGUAUCUUUUAUCCAUUAAAUGUUUUGAAAAUUGCAAUGCAGUGUAAAAUUGGCGGUUCAUUUGAAAAUCCAUUUAAAAUUCUAUUUAAAAUUUAUAAGGAAAGAGGAGGAAAAAUUAGGUAUCUUUAUUAUGGCGUUCAGACAAACUGCACAAGAGCUUUCCUCAGCUGGGGUGUAAUGAAUACUGCUUAUGAACAUAUAAAAGAAAUUAUUAAUUAA